CGUCUUGCCACUCUACGCGUCUUUCUCAUUCACACAUUCAAUUUAUCCCACACCUUUCAUAUCUCUUUGCGCCAAAGAAUAGUUAGCAUGUUAAUGCUAAGGAUUGGCGCCAAAUCAUUUACGUUUUCUUCAUUUUUGAUGGACUGGGACUCAACAUGAAUUUUCUAAUGCCUCUGCCGUCAUUUUCGCCGCCCUAGUUGCAAUCCGACGCGUCCGCGCAAGUUGCUCUCGCAACCAUGGGGGAUCGCCUCGAAAAGAAUUCGGCUGCGGUGCGGAAGCGCAUCGAAGAUCACACCUUCACCGACGAGAAUGGGGAGGAGUAUGAGGCCAGUGCCUUUGGAGGCUUCGGCGACUACUUUAGGCGCAAAAAAAUCAAGUUGCAAAAUCUUGAUGCUGAGCUGCGAGCGAACGCGUCUCCCGGCAAACCGCAAAUCUUCAAGGGUGUCGUCGCCCAUGUCAUGGGAUACACUCAGCCAUCCUUACAAGUUCUGCACAAGGAGCUGGUCCAACAUGGUGCCGGGUUUCUUCAGUACCUGGACUCCAAGACAUGUGCCACACAUAUCAUCGCAUCAGCUUUGCCGCCCAAGAAGGUUGUUGACUACAACAAGUACCGGAUGGUGAAACCCCAGUGGGUUAUAGACUCCAUCAGUGCUGGGAAACUACUACCAUGGACCGACUACCGCGUCUUCGACGAAGGUCCGGCGCAAAAGACGCUGAAAUUCGACAAUGGCAAGAUGUCUGCUGAGAAAAGUCAACAGUCCAAUCUUGGAUACAGAGAACAGACUCAAAACAGCUUGUACACAAAGCAACUGCAGAAGCAAGCAGAACUUCAUUCGACUGCUGGUUCAUCCCCUUUCCGCUUCAUGGGCUCAGCGAAUCAGAGUUCUUCCACGCCUUUGGGAUCUGAUUACAGUGCUCGGUCAAAAACAAGCAAACUAGCAAUGCCUCUACAUGAUGAUCUAGAUGAGAUGUCCGAGGCCACCCACGACCGCGCAACCACGCCGACGUCCCCAACACCAGCGGGCAAAGAGAAUAUCAAGGAAUCUUCACGUGAGGGUUCUUUGCCGGUGGUCAAUGUUAAAAAUACCCCAAUAGCUCCUCCUGUUCCCAGGCCAAAGGAUCCUGAAAAUCCGAGGCGAGAGGGAGAUGAAGCACGUGGAGAUCCAAAGUCCAUGACCUCUGAGGAGCACAAUGCAUUGUUAUUAAAGGAUCCCAAAAUAUGGAAGUCUUCCACAGCGAAUCCAGAUUUUCUUAAGCAAUUUUACUCCGAAAGCCGUCUCCAUCAUCUCUCCACCUGGAAGGCAGAGCUCAAGUCCAAAAUGCAGAAGAUGGCUGCCGAGAAGGGCACAGCGCAAAGGCCGAUCAAGCGCAAGCCUGGGUCACGUCGCUAUAUCAUGCAUGUGGACUUUGACAGCUUUUUCUGCGCCGUUUCACUGAAAACCGCACCGGAAUACAUCGAUAAGCCUGCUGUUGUCGCUCAUGGGAAUGGUACUGGCUCUGAAAUUGCUUCCUGUAAUUACCCUGCUCGAGAGUUUGGGGUCAAGAAUGGCAUGUGGAUGAAGCGUGCCCUGGAACUGUGUCCCACAAUCAAAGUUCUCCCCUACGACUUUCCAGCGUACGAGGAUGCCAGUAGGCUCUUCUAUGGAGCUAUACUUGAGAUUGGUGGCAUCGUGCAGAGUGUCAGUGUUGAUGAGGCACUGAUAGACAUAACCACCCUUGUUUUGGAGGCAUCGUCAUCAAGCGGAGUUGGCGUGGACGAAGGCAGUGUGUGGAGAGAACAAGAGAAAGCCAAUGAGCUUGCGGCGGAUCUGCGAGCUGAGAUUAAACGCAGGACUGGUUGCAAUGUGUCGAUUGGGAUGGGACCGAAUAUCCUGAUGGCCAAAGUCGCGCUCAGGAAAGCAAAGCCGGCCGGUCAAUAUCAGGUGAAGCCAGAAGAGAUUUUGGAUAUACUGAGUGGCCUAAAGGUUGAAGACCUGCCCGGAGUUGCAUACAGUAUCAAAAACAAGCUUGAAGAAGUUGGCGUCAGGCUGGUGAAGGAUGUGCGGGAGCUCUCUCGUGGAAGGUUGACUACAAUUCUAGGCCCCAAGACAGGGGAAAGGCUCUGGGAGUACUCCAGAGGUAUCGACAAAGCCGAGGUUGGCGACCAGCCCAUGAGGAAGUCAGUAUCGGCUGAAGUAAACUGGGGUAUCAGAUUUGUUAGCCAGCCCGAGGCCGAAGAAUUUGUCAUGAACUUGUGCAAGGAGCUGGAGAAGAGGCUUCUCAGUGAGGGGGUCAAGGGCAAAGGAUUUACUAUGAAGAUUAUGCGUCGCUCACUCGACUCUCCCCUGGAUCCGCCAAAGCAUCUGGGCCACGGAAAAUGCGACGUUUUCAACAAGUCAGUGGCCUUUGGGAUUGCCACUUACAGUGCUGACUUCAUCGGCAAGGAAGCUGUGUCAAUCCUGAGAAGCUACAACUUUGCGCCUGGUGAUCUCCGUGGUCUGGGUGUGCAUCUGAGUCGAUUAGAGCCCGUCAAAGGGCCUGCCGCCGGUGUACCGGAGAGCAGCCAGAAAACGUUGUCUUUCGGGGCAUUCGCAAGAGCUUCAAGUAGCAAGAAGCCAAAACAGGAAAUUAUUGAAGAUGAUGGCAGAACUAGCGGCAGGAGAUCAUCAGGCCAUGAGAUGCAGGACGAUCCCAUCUCGGUAGAUCCGUUGACGCCCCGGAAGCCAAAGGCGAGCCCAAUGCACCCUGCGGUUGCGCUUACUAUGGCAAGAGAGGCCGACACUCAGGCCAGAACGCCGUUAAAUGUAUACGGAACGCAGUUUAUCAUGCCUACACAGCCUGAUCCUGAGGUCAUGGCUGCGUUGCCUCAUGAUAUUCGCACGAAGCUGAUGGCACAGCAGAAGAAAGUCGCUCCAGCGGCUGCAAGGGAGGGAUCGCCUGCUUCAAGGCCCAGGUCGAGAAUACAAAGCCCUGCCUUGCGCGAUGACGAGAUCCCCUCUGACAUAGACCCCGAGGUCUUCGCAGGUUUGCCUGAAGACAUGAAGGCGGAGGUUCUUGCAUCAUACAGUCGGAGAGGCGGUGGUGGUGGCGGACAAACAGUGUUGCCCCAGUCUCCUCGCAAGGACAGAGUGAUCAACAGGCCACGCCCACGCACGACCCCAACGAAACGUGGCGGCAUACGAGGGAUGCUUGGCCGCGCGCGCGAACGACAACAUGACGCCGAGGCCGGAUUGCAACAGACAAACCUGUUCGCGGCGCAGAGACGAGAUGAAGAGGAGGUACUAGACGCAGCAAAGUCAGCACAACCAGGGCAUAACAUUGCCACAGAGCCAGAGGAAGUUCUCGAUCAGGAGGUUCUGGCCGCACUACCCUUGGAAGUACGCAGGGAGAUCAUGGCUGAGCAGCGCCGCCGUCGAUUGGCUCAGCAGGGCAGCAUAGAUGUGCAAGCACCACAGCCGCGGCGGCGCGAGGCGGUGAGAUCCGAAGGUGCGGUUGAUUCGCAGGAGAGACUACAGUUCCCCAAAAAGCCGGCACGGGCUUCCUUUACCAAGCAAAACCUCACGUCGCUGCCAAAAAUAAAAGACAUGUUGCAACUUUGGCACCGGGAUACGGUUCGCACUGGACCACAUCUGCGGGACACAGAGGUGCUUGAGACAUACCUACUAAAAGUCAUACGUGAGGAGAGAAAUUUGGAGAAGGCGCAGGUACUUGUCGCAUGGCUAGACUGGUUGGUGGAAGAGGAAGAGGAGGGGGAUAGCUCAGGAAAAGGAAAGAAACAAUGGCAAGCCGCUGUUGAGCGCAUCAAGCGUGUUGUACAAGAAGCUCUGGCAGAGAGAGGGCUGGGACCCAUGGACUUGGGUUGAGAGUGGAUACAACUCCCCAACGAAGGUGUCACUCUAUACCUCUAUGGUUGAUACGUUAUGAUGUUAUGACAAGUAGCAGGUCGUUUUCUUGAAUUAAGGCUACCUGACUUGUAGCCUCUUGAUUUCAUGACAUGCUGAUUAUACCAGCGGCCAUAGCCGUGAUUCCGAUAAUCAAGUUUGCUGAAGUAACUGCCACUCUAUGAGCGCCCGACAUAUAGACCUGGGCAUGAAGAACGUGUAAGAG